GAGUUGUGGCCGCGGACGGUGCGGUCCGGUCGGGGCGGCGGCGGCGGGAGCGGGAGCGGGAGUGGGAACGCGAGCGGCGGGACGGGACGAUGAGCGACAGCGGGGAGCAGAACUACGGCGAGCGGGUUAAUGUUGAAGAAGGAAAAUGCGGAAGUCGCCAUUUGACAAGUUUUAUAAAUGAGAAUUAUUUGAAGCUCAGGAAUAAGUGAAGCUGAAAUUUGAAAAAAAAGAAAGUGAAUGCAUGCUAAUUAUCAGACCAGAAGUCCCACUUGUAGAAUAUUGAGCAAUUUGUGUGAAGUGGGGAAGAUGAAAGAAGUCAGAAUUUGAAACGGAAGAAUGAAGAAAAGGAAUAAAAAUGAAGUUAAGAUAAGAAGUAAUCUGGAAUCUGAAAGCACUACGCUAAGUAAUUACUAGUCUGUUUAUGUGUCCCUGUAUAUUUUGCUAAACAUGCAUGCAUUAUCUGUUUAAUAGCAAAAGUACAUGCAGGGUAAAGAAGUGUCUACCAGGGAAAAAAAAAAAAAAAAAAAAACCACCUUAACAAUCUAGGCAGUGCUAAUCCAACUGCCCGGACACGUAGCAAUGAAUAUUUCCAUUGAUUUCACUGGAGCUUGUUUGCAGCCCUGAGGUAAACGAGGAAUUGUGUCCAAAUUAGGCUUUCAAUAUCUGCGUGCAGGAAUCCCGCUCUGCUUCCAGAAGCGGAAGUGCUCAUGGGUCUGGCAAGUCGGGGAGACACACCCCUGCAAGAUCUCGCUCUAAGGAGGAUUCCAGGCGCUCCAGGUCAAAAUCUAGAUCCAGGUCUGAAUCCAGAUCUAGAUCGAGGAGGAGUUCCCGCAGACACUACACGCGGUCCCGCUCCCGGUCGCGCUCCCACAGGAGAUCCAGGAGCCGGUCGUACAGUCGGGACUAUCGGCGCCGGCACAGCCACAGCCACUCCCCCAUGUCGACUCGGAGGCGUCACAUUGGAAACAGGGCAAAUCCUGACCCAAACUGUUGUCUCGGGGUGUUUGGGCUGAGCCUCUACACCACAGAAAGGGAUCUGAGAGAAGUGUUCUCCAAGUACGGGCCCAUUGCCGAUGUUUCCAUCGUGUACGAUCAGCAGUCCCGGCGCUCCAGGGGAUUUGCCUUCGUGUACUUCGAGAACGUGGAGGAUGCCAAGGAAGCAAAGGAACGUGCCAAUGGAAUGGAGCUGGAUGGAAGAAGGAUCCGGGUAGACUUCUCCAUAACAAAAAGACCUCACACACCCACCCCUGGAAUCUACAUGGGAAGACCCACUUAUGGCAGCUCCCGACGACGAGAUUACUACGACAGAGGGUACGACCGAGGGUACGACGACAGGGACUAUUACAGCAGGUCAUACAGAGGAGGAGGCGGCGGUGGAGGAGGAGGCUGGAGAGCUGUUCAGGACAGGGAUCAGUUUUACAGGAGGAGGUCACCGUCCCCAUACUACAGCCGAGGGGGCUACAGAUCCCGGUCCAGAUCCCGAUCCUACUCACCUCGUCGCUAUUAAAGCAUGACACGGAAUUUCUAGCUACAGCCUUUGAGUUGAAAUUGCAAGUUUGUGGACAAUAUUUUUUUAUUGUCUCCUCUGUUUAACCAAGUGACAGUGCCUAGUGAAUUAGGUGACUUUGACACCUUUUAUGAGGAUGACUUCUGUGGUGUUCAGUGCUGUUUCAUCCUGCGUAUUUGUGUAGUUGGUGCUUUGUUUUCAGUUGUGUUUUGGAAGGAGUAUGUUUUGCAUGUAUUUUUUUAGUCUCCAUUUUGACUCCUGAAGGGUUUCUAUUGUAAAGACAAAAACUGUGCAGUUAGGUUUUUCUACUGAUUCCAAGUUACUCCCAAGAUCCAAACCUGUGUAAAAUGCUUUCCGAAAGUGACAAAUAAAACAAAAACAAGUUUGUUUUUUU